AUGUAUUCAUGUCGCCUAUUGCCGGCUGUGAGCUGGGCAUGCAUCAUCGUGCUUGUGGGCAUGGUGCUUCCGUCAGCCAGCACUCGACGUCCACCGCAGCAGCUCGCUUCCGAAAGCUUGUUGCAUGAUUCACUGGUCGAACAAACUUUGCAGCCAUCCAAGUUUGCCUAUGCGUGGUACCUUGCCGACGAUGACGAAGACAUCGCUUGUGCAAUUUUGGUGUCCGCUUCCAUUAUCAAAGAAAGUGCGACCCAACACAAAGCAGAUCUCGUGGUAGUCUACAAUACUGACAUACCUGGUAAAGAGCGUUUUCGUAGGAUGGGGAUCAAAAUGGUCCAAGUGUCAGCAGCUGCUGCGAAGGGUGAGUCACAAUGGAGGGAAUCGUUCCUGAAACUUAGGGUGGCAGAGCUCUUUCAAUAUGAGCGUGUGAUUUAUUUUGAUGCUGAUGCCUUCCCGCUGGGAAGCUUGGAGAACUUGUUUGACAUUGCUCAGUUCCCUGUUGAGCUAGCUGCACCUCGGGCAUAUUGGCUGCAGCAGCCAUUUGUCCAAAGUGGUGGGCCGAUGGUGCUCGAUCCUCGCAAGCUUUUUUUCGAUAGGGAUUUCUCAGUGCCAAUGAACAAGUCUGUGGGAAUGCUGGACAGCGAGAUGGAUUGGGUGAACAGCCACUUUCGUGACAAAGCCGAUGUGCUUGAUGGCUUCUAUGCUCUGCUCAUUGGAGAAUGGUGUGCUACCGAUGGCAUCUAUCAGUAUUGGCAAAAGUAUUUCCAGAAAAGCCCCGAGUGGGUCAUGCAGAAUGCGGUCAUGGUCCAUUUUAUCGCUGACUGGAAACCUUGGCGCAUCUCUUCGGCAUCUCGGCUUAAUGAUAAAUGCUCGGACGCGCAGCCACAGCUGCUUCAAGUUUAUCAGAGAUGGUGGGAUGUGAAGGCCAGGGUUUGCCUCUAG